UGAUUCAACAUGGCGGAAAGGUUCUAGAAAGAAGAAUUCACUGAUUCAUUGCAAAAGAAGCCUUCUAACGCGUGAUCUACAUUGAAACGUGUUCAGUAUUUCGAUGGUGGGUGGAUAGAGGUCCCCUGGUUGUUCUUGGCACUGCAGAAUUUAGGAUAAAGAAGGCUAAAUAUGGCAAAUCAUGAGACAAGUGUUUCGUCAGUUUCGAAACCCUCUCCGGAAACCUCUGUCAUAUCAAUCUAUAAGAUGACGAAAGGAUCUACCAUGCUUAAGGCUAAACGUCAUGUAAGGUCAAAGUAACCUUUAGUUAUGGUUCUAAUUAUUAAUAUGGCUGUUAUUUCCCAGGAUCGAGCGUGCGUUGCCUUGUAUUUUUGCAUUUGUGCACAUCUAUAAAUUUGUGGUACAAGUAUUUGCUCAUCUUUGCUCAACUCUGCUUAUCCUUGCGGGAUUUUGACAAGGGAUUCACUGAUGUUAUAGCAGUUGGAAUCUUUCUUACCAUAGCCUCAUUUCUGGACUAGAAAUUGUUUUCUUCAAGACCUGUUGAACUCCUUUUUGAGCAGCCUGUGUACAACCGCCCCCUUGAGGGGUGGGGGGGGGGGUCUGUACGGUGACAAAGGCUAUUUUUUGGUACUUUGCCACCUUUUUUGUACUGGCACCUUGCAGAAUGCCACUAGAUAAUGGUACAUGUGCAAAGAUAGAAUAGAUUUUUGGUUAUCUCUAUUUUAUAUUCAUUUUAUUGAUACAAUUAGUUUUUAGUUACAGGGCAUGGUAGGGAAGGGGUGCAACUUCCCCCCUUGCAUGGUCACUGUUGGGGGCAAUUCUACAACUACAAAAACUGAUACUGAGAAUUUGUAUUAGAGCACUCUGGGAGUGAAAGGGAUAAAGAGAGGAUGUAGUUUUGUUCUUGUAAUUUUCUUUUUUAAAGGUUAAAUGUGAAUAAAGAAUGGUCAUUGACUGCUAAUCUGCGUUAGACCCUUAUACCCACUCUGAGACUGUACUCGCAUAGAGUCAGAUCCCUCUAAGUUGGAUACCACUGGGGUUGGCACAAAGUGUCCCAAGAUGUCUGCAGUGAUCAAUGAAGAAAAACAAUGAAGAAUUGCAGGGAGCAACUCUCAAUCUAGAUUAGGAAAGUGUUCAUAAUCACCCAAAGAUUGUACUCAUUUAUCUAACCAGUUUUGUUUUGUCUCAAGAGAUUAGUUCUUUAAUGAUAACUGGUUUUUCCCUUUACAAUAUUACUAGGGAACACCUCAGUUCAAGAGAUUUGUAUUAUCUCGAGGUAAGAUAGGUGGAAAUAAAUUCUGAAAUUUAAAAUGACAUGUUAUCCUUUUACUUUUAAAUAAGCAUACAUUGUAUUUCACUUUAUAUUCUUUCCCAUACUUGAUUGUAGAUCUUUCACAUCUUCACUGGGGAUCACCUAGAAAACAAGAAGAGAAAUCUGGUAGGGUUAAUGUUAAGCUGUAAUAUCCACAUACAAAUUCUCCAGCCUAAUCGGACUUCCAUACAUAAUAUCCUUGAAGAAUUAGUGAAGAGAAUUUGUUCAAAGAUCAAAGCAUUUUCUAGUAGAUGAUCCUUUCUUUAAAUAAGCCUCAUAAUAUUUUCCUCUGAUUUUUUAAACAUUGUAUGGAUAUUGUUAGGAGAAAUUUGAUGCUGGUCAGUCUUAUGGCUAAAUAGACUCUGAAAUUAGCCUGUUUCUGGUUCUCAGUUAGUUGGGGUGAGCGAAAAAGAAAACUGAGCAUGAAAAAAGAAAAAAAAAUGGCAACCUCCUUAGUCCUUCCUUUUCUUUUUUUGCAGAGCAGGAAAAAAAUUUUAUAUAAUAUGGAAAGAAUUUUCUAUUCUUCUACCAAGCAACAAAUUAAUGUGAAUGAUGAUUUUGCUUCAUUCCAUGCAGUUUUAACUUCACAAAUAACUCAGUUGUUGAAGGGUCAAGUAUCUAAAGGAUUUGCAAGUUGUCCUGUGCCACAAAAAGAGGUAUAAAAUGCAAAAAACUGCAAUGUGACUGUACCACUGGAAAAGAGACACAGCCCUUGUAAAUAUUUAGGUCUUUUUGAUGUAAUCUGGAACAAAGUACAUGUAUAUGUUACAGGUGAAAAUAUUAUUAAAUUCAGGUGAAAGUUUUUUAACAUACCGGGUAGGUUGAUUCUCAAGUUCCUUUAUGUCUCCUAACCUAAUCCAUGAAUAAUUAGGGCUAAGAGACAAAGGAAAUAUAGAAUCAACCUAAACCUGAAAUCAAAUUUGACCAUGUACGUAACAUUUGUUAACUGCAAUCUUAAUACCAUUGUUCAAUAAUUAUUAAAAAUGAGGUUCAUGAGAAUACAGUUAUUUAAUAAAAAUCAGUGAAGAAUUCAGGAAAACAAUGCAAGGCUGUGCUGUGAGAAAAAUUUGUUAGGGAGCCUAAAGCUCCAAAUAUUUGAACUCCAAGAUGUUGAACAUAAACAUUAUGCACCAAUGUUUAAGGUUGCCUUCGCUCUAGAGCACAGUCCAGCACAGGGCUCAAAAAAAGUUCCAUCCAAUAGUCCAGGACAAGUACCGGCAGAUGCUCUUACUGCGCAAGUGGGCUAGAGUCCAAGCAAGUCUUCUUCUAACUAUUUAUUAUUUAAGACAAGCAACAAGUGGCCUGAGACAAGCGAAAUCUGAGAGGCGCUUGUCCAAAGGAGAAGCUAGAAUUCACAUUUUCUUUAGCCAUGCCUGCAGUACAUAUAUACUUCUUGUGGGAUUGAGCAUAUUCAGUCUGAAAUAAUCCUUGAAGUUUUUGAAUCACCUUCCUUAGCAAGCUUUCAAAUACAAGCUGUCUAAUUUAGAUUUCCCAGGGGUCAACUAAAAUUGUACUCCAUUUUCUUUUCAGUCCAUCUCUUUCUCUGUGAUCUAUAAGAUUGGCAGAAGUUUGCAUAGCGUAGAUAUUGUUUGUCUUGAUAAACAGCAGUACGACGUCUGGACAGUUGGAAUCCAGGUAAUGGCACUUUUGAUCUUUAUUUUUUUAUAAAUAGCAUCUUACCUGUAUAUUUCUGUAUGAUCCCACACAUGGCACAGGUUUAUUUCUUUGAAUUAUUGAUAACAAAUGUUGUAAAAUAUUUCUCAAAUUACAGGCUCUGAUCAAUGGCUUUAAUGACAAGAAAUCUAUUGAUCAUUUGUAUGAAAGUGGGGGAUUAAAUGACGACUCUGAUGGUAAACCAAUGCACGGAACUGAUGAGGUAAGGACACUGUUAAUGUGUGUUAAUACUGUUGCUAAUCUAUUUAUCACUUGAUACAGUAUAUGAAUUGAAAAUAAUUUGUGUAAUCUAUCUAUCUCGGGUGCACCCACACUGAUUUGAUGAGUCUGUCCCAUUCCUGUCUGUUGGCCAUGACACAUGAAAAUUUCUGCCUUGUUAGCAGAGUAUCAACUCAAGAGCCUAGAUACUGAAAAUCGCCCUCCUGUUUCAACUUUGAAUUAUCGUCUAAGUUAGUAAUAAGGUGCCCCGAGGUUGGAGGUUCUUUGUGUAAAAUAGAAUAAUUAUAUAUUAUUAUUCAACACAAUCACACAUGGAUAAAAGUUGUUUAUUUAAUAAUUGUUACACUGUUGUCAUGGGUUUUCUCCAAGACAUUAGCUAUGUUGCUACUUACAGAGUAUGCAGUGUAUGUUAUGGGUGAAAAUUAAAAUCAGGUUAAAAUUUAUUAAGCUAACAACAGGUUGAUUCUCAAUUUCCUUUGUCUCCUAGAUUCCUAUGUCUAUGUUUGGGUCUGGUGGUAAACCAUACAAUGAAGGUAUUCCUACAUCUAUAGUGGCCCAUAUUAUUAUUUAGGGGUGUAACGAUUCAUAUUCCUUGCGGUUCGAUUCGAUUUUGAUUAUUGCCUUUGGAUUUCGAUUAUUUUGAUUCGAUUGUGUAAAUGUUUCUUAAUUCUUAUAACAUAAUGCAUAAUGUAAACAACAUGCAACCCUAAACCCUCAAUUUGAGAAUAGUAGCAGGGACAGGAGGAUUCACAGUCGCUUGGUUCGUCGCCAUGUUUGAGGACCUGACAAAGAGCGUGUCGCACAUAGUUUGCCAUAUUUGGAAAUUCUCAAGGAGUGGUUGAAGGACAGCAUUUUUAUCGGGCAACACAAAAUGAUGCACAAAAUGCUAUCAUCUUUGCUUGUCAAUCAUAAACGCACAAUUCAAAGUGUUCUGGAGGACACCCUGGAAAAAGUGUGCAAAAAUCGAACCAAAAUCGAAACUUGGAAGCAAAGAAUCGUGAAUUGAACCAAACAGUCAUAAUCGUGAUUAAUCGAGAAUUCGAUUAAUCGUUACACCACUAAUAUUAUUGCUAAUGCAUGACACAGUGAUCAAAUCUCACAAAAGCUCAAACUGGCAACAUAACAUGUGUGUUAUAUCAUUUUUUAAAAUCCUUUAUGGAAAAUUUUUAAGGCCUUGAAAUAUUUUGUCAUGGGAUCUUUUGGGGGUGAGUUUUUGGUCUAGGGAUUUUUUAAUUGGAACCCCUAAGAAGUUUUGUGGGAUUUGAUUUUCGCCCCCUUUCAGUCACCCCUGUCACUUAAAAUCCAGAGUACGCCCUUGGUUGGACUUAGAAGAGUUGGGGAAAUGGGGCCUAGUGUACUGGUAUAAUUAAGACAGGGUUCGUACAGAAUCUUGGAUUCUUGAAAAAGACUUGAAAUUUCCCCGGCAGUUUUCCAGACCCGGAAAAAGUCUGGAAAAUGGAGAUUAAUUCUAGGAAAAAUGGUAAAUAGUCUUGAGUUUUUUUCAAAGCUACAACAAAUGCUUUAAAAGUGAAUUUUUUUUUUCAUUUUGGUCGAAUCUUAUUCAAUCUUGCCAAUAUGUUUACAGCGCAUCAUGAAAAAAGCUUUGUUCCUGCAUUUUUAAGGUCUCUUUUGAUCACCUGUUUGAUAACCUAAUGAGUCUGGAAAAAUAAGUUCAUGUUUUGGAAAAAGUCUUGAAUUUUGGAUCGAAAAAUCUGUAUGAACCCUAUUAUUAAUCCAUGUUGCAGUUUGUAGUAAGUCGUGUUUGUUUGUGCUUAGAUGCUUGUGACUUAUACAUGUGGGGUGAUGGUACCACCGGAAUGCUGGGACAUGGCGAGAAUGGAGAGGAGAAUGUUCCAAGAUCCGUAGAAGCAUUAUUAUCGAAGGACGUUUGGAAAGUUGCUUGUGGAGUGACGCAUACCAUUUCCUUAACAAGUAAAUUGCAUUUUGUUAAGAAUUGCUGCAGCUCAUUGUAGAAGGUUAAUAAUAUGUAGAUAUGAAUUUAAAAUUCCCUCAGUGCUAACCUGUUUACUUCCUAGAGGGCAUGAACAGUCUUCUUUGUUGUAAAACACUGAAAAAAAAAUCAGAAUGCUUGUAAAACACCAACCAUAGUUUCAAUAUUGUUGUUGAUUUGUAAAUAAAUGCCUUUUAAAGGGACUAUAUUGACACUAUUUGCCAUCUUUUCAUUUCCAUGCUAUGCCUACAGAAUCACCAAAGAAUUGUCAUGGUUGGUGUUCCCUCAUGAAAGUUUUGUGAUAUCUUCUUCAUAACUCCAUGGCUGUGCUGUAAGGAAAAUUGAAGGGAGCCCAGUGCUCUGAAACUGUGAAAUCUAGGGUGCCCAGCGUAUGAUUUGUAUGAAAAAUCUGAGAUUUUCUAGUCACCUGAGGGCAAAGUUAGGCGCCAGGGACCACUGGGCUCUGCUAGAGUACAGCCCUGAACUCUACAGGAGUACAUGUAAUUCAUGGAGUAAUUUAUGGAUAAAGGCACUAAAAAUAAGUUAAUUCAUUAUUGACCUAAACCAACAGUAUCCUCUUCAUGUACGCCCUUUAACUAUCUUACUAUCUGUUUUGUUCUUCAGGUGAGGGAGAGGUUUUCUCUUGGGGAUCAGGGCUUGGUGGAAAACUUGGACAGGGACAUUUAAGAGACAGGUCAUCACCUCUCAGAGUUGCCGCACUGAAGGACAAGAAGGUGACAAGUAUUGCCUGCCAUGAAUUUCACUCUGCAGCUGUUUGUGGUAAAUAGAUGCAUCUUCACAUUAUAAGUCAAUACAAAACCACUACAAAUUAAUAUUAAUAAUUGUAAAUUCUUGUAAAGUCCUCAGUGUUAAUCAUGGUUCUUCAUCCUGCCAAGAUCCUGGAAAAUUUUUGUCUAAGAACCUGUUUAAGAUCCUACAGGAACCUAUAGGAUGCUACUGGCUAAGUCCUACCAAGAUCCGGGAAAAGUUUGUCCAAAAUCUUGUUUAAGAUCCUAGACAAAACAAGACGAUUAAUAUAAGACAAGGAUUUUAUUUAUACCACACACACAAAAAAGACAUUAAAAAAGACAAUACUACUUAUGUAAAAUAAAAGCCACCUAAAAAAUAACCUGAAAGCUAAUCUAGCUAGGAGGCAUAUUUUCUUACAGAAACAUAACACUAAGAUGCUGGAACAUUUUGUCCCAAAUCCAGUAUAAGAUUCAACAGAAACCUAUAGGAAGCUAUUCAGUUAGUCCUACCAAGAUCCUUUUAGGAUCCUACUGGAACCUAUAGGAAGCUAUUGAGUUAGUCCUAGAAGGAUACUGUUUAGGAUCCUACAGGAACCUAUAGGAAGCUAUUGACUUAGUCCUACCAAGAUCCUGUUUAGGAUCCUACAGGAACCUAUAGAAAGCUAUUGACUUAGUCCUACCAAGAUCCUGUUUAGGAUCCUACAGGAACCUAUAGGAAGCUAUUGACUUAGUCCUACCAAGAUCCUGUUUAGGAUCCUACAGGAACCUAUAGGAAGCUAUUGACUUAGUCCUACCAAGAUCCUGUUUAGGAUCCUACAGGAACCUAUAGGAAGCUAUUGACUUAGUCCUACCAAGAUCCUGUUUAGGAUCCUACAGGAACCUAUAGGAAGUUAUUGACUUAGUCCUACCAAGAUCCUGUUUAGGAUCCUACAGGAACCUAUAGGAAGCUAUUGACUUAGUCCUACCAAGAUCCUGUUUAUACUAAAUUAUUGACUUAGUCGUACCAAGAUCCUGUUUAGGAUCCUACAGGAACCUAUAGGAAGCUAUUGACUUAGUCCUACCAAGAUCCUGUUUAGGAUCCUACAGGAACCUAUAGAAAGCUAUUAACUUAGUCCUACCAAGAUCCUGUUAAGGAUCCUGCAGGAACCUAUAGGAAGUUAUUGACUUAGUCCUAAGAGAUACUGUUUAGGAUCCUACAGGAACCUGCUAUUAACUUAGUCCUACCAAGAUACUGUUUAGGAUCCUACAGGAACCUAUAGAAAGCUAUUAACUUAGUCCUACCAAGAUACUGUUUAGGAUCCUACAGGAACCUGCUAUUAACUUGGUCCUACCAAGAUACUGUUUAGGAUCCUACAGGAACCUGUAGAAAGCUAUUAACUUGGUCCUACCAAGAUACUGUUUAGGAUCCUACAGGAACCUGCUAUUAACUUAGUCCUACCAAGAUACUGUUUAGGAUCCUACAGGAACCUGUAGAAAGCUAUUAACUUGGUCCUACCAAGAUACUGUUUAGGAUCCUACAAAAACCUGCUAUUAACUUGGUCCUACCAAGAUACUGUUUAGGAUCCUACAGGAACCUGUAGAAAGCUAUUAACUUAGUCCUACCAAGAUCCUGUUUAGGAUCCUACAGGAACCUAUAGAAAGCUAUUGCCUCAGUCCUACCAAGAUCCUGUUUAGGAUCCUACAGGAACCUGUAGAAAGCUAUUAACUUAGUCCUACCAAGAUCCUGUUUAGGAUCCUACAGGAACCUAUAGAAAGCUAUUGACUCAGUCCUACCAAGAUACUGUUUAGGAUCCUGCAGGAACCUAUAGAAAGCUAUUAACUUAGUCCUACCAAGAUACUGUUUAGGAUCCUACAGGAACCUGUAGAAAGCUAUUGACCUAGUCCUAGCAAGAUACUGUUUAGGAUCCUACAGGAACCUGUAGAAAGCUAUUGACUUAGUCCUAGCAAGAUACUGUUUAGGAUCCUACAGGAACCUGUAGAAAGCUAUUGACCUAGUCCUAGCAAGAUACUGUUUAGGAUCCUACAGGAACCUAUAGGAAGCUAUUAACUUAGUCCUACCAAGAUACUGUUUAGGAUCCUACAGGAACCUAUAGAAAGCUAUUGACUCAGUCCUACCAAGAUCCUGUUUAGGAUCCUACAGGAACCUGUAGAAAGCUAUUGACUCAGUCCUACCAAGAUCCUGUUUAGGAUCCUACAGGAACCUGUAGAAAGCUAUUAACUUAGUCCUACCAAGAUACUGUUUAGGAUCCUACAGGAACCUAUAGGAAGCUAUUAACUUAGUCCUACCAAGAUCCUGUUUAGGAUCCUACAGGAACCGGUAGGAAGCUAUUGACUCAGUCCUACCAAGAUCCUGUUUAGGAUCCUACAGGAACCUGUAGAAAGCUAUUAACUUAGUCCUACCAAGAUACUGUUUAGGAAUCUACAGGAACUUAUAGAAAGCUAUUGACUCAGUCCUACCAAGAUACUGUUUAGGAUCCUACAGGAACCUGUAGAAAGCUAUUGACUUAGUCCUAGCAAGAUACUGUUUAGGAUCCUACAGGAACCUAUAGAAAGCUAUUGACUCAGUCCUACCAAGAUACUGUUUAGGAUCCUGCAGGAACCUGUAGAAAGCUAUUGACUUAGUCCUACCAAGAUACUGUUUAGGAUCCUACAGGAACCUGUAGAAAGCUUUUAACUUAGUCCUACCAAGAUCCUGUUUAGGAUCCUACAGGAACCUGUAGAAAGCUAUUAACUUAGUCCUACCAAGAUCCUGUUAAGGAUCCUGCAAGAACCUGUAGAAAGCUAUUAACUUAGUCCUACCAAGAUCCUGUUUAGGAUCCUACAGGAACCUGUAGAAAGCUAUUAACUUAGUCCUACCAAGAUACUGUUUAGGAUCCUACAGGAACCUGUAGAAAGCUAUUAACUUGGUCCUACCAAGAUCCUGUUUAGGAUCCUACAGGAACCUAUAGAAAGCUAUUAACUUAGUCCUACCAAGAUACUGUUUAGGAUCCUACAGGAACCUAUAGAAAGCUAUUGACUCAGUCCUAGCAAGAUACUGUUUAGGAUCCUACAGGAACCUGUAGAAAGCUAUUGACUCAGUCCUACCAAGAUCCUGUUUAGGAUCCUACAGGAACCUAUAGAAAGCUAUUGACUUAGUCGUACCAAGAUCCUGUUUAGGAUCCUACAGGAACCUGUAGAAAGCUAUUGACUUAGUCCUAUCAAGAUACUGUUUAGGAUCCUACAGGAACCUGCUAUUAACUUGGUCCUACCAAGAUCUUGUUUAGGAUCCUACAGGAACCUAUAGAAAGCUAUUAACUUAGUCCUACCAAGAUCCUGUUUAGGAUCCUACAGGAACCUAUAGGAAGCUAUUAACUUAGUCCUACCAAGAUACUGUUUAGGAUCCUACAGGAACCUGCUAUUAACUUGGUCCUACCAAGAUCCUGUUUAGGAUCCUACAGGAACCUAUAGAAAGCUAUUAACUUAGUCCUACCAAGAUCCUGUUUAGGAUCCUACAGGAACCUAUAGGAAGCUAUUAACUUAGUCCUACGAAGAUCCUGUUUAGGAUCCUACAGGAACCUAUAGGAAGCUAUUAACUUAGUCCUACCAAGAUAAACACCGCGGCAAAACGUCUACGCAUGCGCCAGGUUGAGCAUUUCCGGUCUCUUUUUCAGUCACACUUUCCAGUCAAAGUCUCCCGCGCGCUUCAUUCUGUGUGCAGCUUGUGGUUCAGUUGUUCUGCUUUAUGCUGCUCGUGUUUUUGACUAUUUUGUAGUUAUUGAAAUUGCUUUUAUGGAUAACCAGGCACAGAUCACUGAAACAAUUAGUCGAUUAGAUUCAGAAAAGGUAAGAUGAUAAUAACUCAGUGUGUAAUUUUGGCUAGAGCGUCAGGUAAACUGAUUUUCAUUCACGAAAAUAAAGUUUUUGACUGUUAUUUUUCACUUAACCUGGCUGAAACUAAGACAUAAAAUUAAAACGUUAUCAUUGCAAGCUUGUGUAUUGUAAUUCUAAUUUUCAGUUCUUCAGUUUCUCAGUCUACAUGUGUUAAAGCCGAUUCAAACUUUAUUUGGAAAACGACAACACACAAUCGCUUUGUAGUUUUGUUUACCAGUGGGUUUUACCGUGUUUUCUAACGAAACUCUUCUGGGUUGAUUGCCAUGAAACAUAAGCUUAAUUAUACUGUUGAGCCGGUUGGCAGCAAGUUGACAACUCUAUUUAUUUAUUUUUCCAUUCUCAGAAUCAGAGAGCGAAAGCUGGUUCAGUGGCUUUUAGAAGUCGAACUUUUCAUGCCAUGUAUUUAGCAGCUAGAAGUUUCGUGUUUGCAUGAGAUGCAGCCGAGCCGCACAGUCUGAAAUUAUUGAAGUCUUCAACAAAAGAACAACCAUGUAAAAGAAUUAAAUAGGUAUUUUCUUGAAUGAAAGUCAUUUAUAGGCAUGUUUAGUUUCCCGGUGACUGCAGUCAUCAAUGUCAAAGUUGUUAUUAAAUCCCGCCUAUCUUUUGUUUUGAGUUCUUGUUUUUUCUGAUAAUAAAACAAAUUAUUGAACGGACUAAAAUUUUAUUUCCUGGUUUUAGUGUUUUUUAUUGAAUGAUGACGUCUUUAUUUUGGUUUCUUUCAUAAGUAUUGUUAUUCUUUUCUUAGUUGUCGCCUUCUCCCAAAUUAACUUAUGCCAAACCAGUAGCAUGCAAGAAAGCCAGUAAAAACAAAUUGGUCUUGUCGAGCGCUCGCGACCUGCAAACUUCAAACAUCAUUUUCACCGUUGGUGCAAACAGAUAACCAUGUGGUGCAAACGUUUGAGAAUAGAAAAAUAUAUAAGCUUUCGAAUGAAGUGAUUUUUUUGGCCCCCUUUUUUGUCUGUUUCGCCCUUUUUGCUUUUAAACUUGGCGCGACGGCAAAGUUAUGCUUUCGCUAUUGGUUUAUAUACUAGACCGGAAAUAAAAAGCUGACCGGAUAUUAAAUUUUGUGCUCAUGCGCAUUGCGUUUUGCCGCGGUGUUACCAAGAUACUGUUUAGGAUCCUACAGGAACCUGCUAUUAACUUGGUCCUACCAAGAUCCUGUUUAGGAUCCUACAGGAACCUAUAGGAAGCUAUUAACUUAGUCCUACCAAGAUACUGUUUAGGAUCCUACAGGAACCUGCUAUUAACUUGGUCCUACCAAGAUCCUGUUUAGGAUCCUACAGGAACCUAUAGAAAGCUAUUAACUUAGUCCUACCAAGAUCCUGUUUAGGAUCCUACAGGAACCUAUAGGAAGUUAUUGACUUAGUCCUACCAAGAUCCUGUUUAGGAUCCUACAGGAACCUAUAGAAAGCUAUUAACUUAGUCCUACCAAGAUCCUGUUUAGGAUCCUACAGGAACCUAUUGAAAGCUAUUAACUUAGUCCUACCAAGAUCCUGUUUAGGAUCCUACAGGAACCUAUAGGAAGCUAUUGACUUAGUCCUAUCCCACCAAGAUCCUGUUUAGGAUCCUACAGAAACCUACAGGAAGCUAUUGACUUAGUCCUAGAAAGAUACUGUUUAGGAUCGUACAAGAACCUACAGGAAGCUAUUGAGUUAGUCCUGCUAAGAUCCUGUUUAGGAUCCUACAGGAACCUAUAGGAAGCUAUUGAGUUAGGCGUACCAAGAUCCUGUUUAAGAUCCUACUGGAACCUAUAGGAAGAUAUUGACUUAAUAGUUGCACCAAGAUCGUGUGUAGGAUCCUACAUGAACCUAGUCCUGUUAAGAUCCCACAAAAUUUUUUCCAAAAUCUUGUUUAAGAUCAUACAGGAACGUUAGGGACUAGAAUGUAACACUCUACCCACAAAGGCUUGACAGUUAAACAUACAGGAUAGUAAAGAACAGAUCAAAAGAGUAACUGCUAUUAGCGUUCACAGUUAAGAACUAAACUGCAAAGAAUUCUUUUUUACUUACUGAAAUCAGGAUAAGCUUGUGCAGGGUGUCAGUGAUGAAGUAGAAGAUUUCUUUUGCAAUGCAACAGACCCAAAGUUUUCUAUCAAGUUACAAAACAUGGCAUAAUUAUUUAUCUGCCACAGAGGGUUGUCAAAAAUGUAAGUACCCCACACCCAUUCUUUGAAUCACUCUCACACGUCUUUCUGUUGUAGGACUGGGCGAGUUAUUCACUUGGGGACAGGGUGGACCAAGACUUGGAUACGAAAGCGAGAAACGAAAAGAGGUCCUACCAAGAAUUGUUGAGGGACUUCAAGAACACAGAGUAACUGAAGUCGCCUGUGGACUUUCCCACACUCUUGGUAAAUUAUAUGUCGCUAGGAAGAUAGUUAUUUUAGGUGUAACAACUUUCUGAAAGAUGGUAUGAAUAACUUUUCGUUAUGGCGUGACAAUACUAUAGAGGAUUGUGUAAUAGUGGUGACAGCUACUUGUAUUCUUUGGUAGAGGGCGUGACAGUUUCCCCCUGUUGUGAUAUUAGGGACCUUACGAUCCGACGACGGCGACGCCAGUGGCGACGUCGCUGAAAAACAGACUUUGCGUCCUUUCAAACGUUUUCGUCCUUAUACCAAGUCACCCAGUAAGAGUUACUUGAAAGUAGGGAAAUUAGGUCGAAGCUGAAGAGAGGGGAACGCGUCCGAGUUCAGAGAGAGAUGGUAAAAUUUAUUGCCUUACCGUUCCUGUUCUCUAGUCGACUUAAAAUUUGAUCAUUUCACGUGGUAGUUGUUCAGGGACGGCAAAGAAAUUUGCAAAAGAGCUUAAUGCACGUGCAGAGUUUUUUUUUUUGCUCCCUAAAGCUAUUGGGUCAGUUAUUUAAACGGAGUUUGGCCAGUUUUUAACAAAACCGCGUUCUAAGUCUUUUUCAGUUCGCCCAGUGCUCUUAUACACCAUUUAUCUUGAAAAGUUUCAUUAAAGCGCGAGGCGUAGACUGGAAAAGACCUUAUUUUCUCAAAAUUACCCACUAAGGAAGAUAUCUAGAGGUACAAAGACUUGCUAAACCGCGGCCUAAGUUAGGCCUCGUUUAAAGAACCGACCCAUUGUGUUUUAGGCGUUUCCGUUGCUGUCGCCGUCGUAGUUUCCUAACGUUCCUAUUGUGACAGUGACGACCGCUACAUGUUCGUAGUAAAGCUUUCUGUUCAUACAUUUCUUCGCUUUCUUUGGGACAAGUUAGCAUAACUCAGACACAAAUGCUAUCUUAAAAUGACGAUGUUUGUUCGUGUUAUUCGUCUUUCAGUUUGUACAAGAAAUGGUCAGUGCUAUGCUUUUGGUGAUAACACAUACGGCCAGUUAGGCAUACCAGGGAUCGCUUCGAGCUAUGAGCCUGUCCGCUCUCAAGAACUGGAGAGCUUUCAUAUCUCCUACAUAGCCUGUGGCUCUAAUCACAGCGCUGCUUUAUCUGGUUAGUUUUUUUUAUUCGUGCUAAUUUCUUUUACUUUUCAAACUGAUCUUUCCCCCGCGCACAAAUUGCCAAGAACUGCAUCGUUCAAUCUUUCAUUUAAUCUUUAACCCUUUUACUCCCAGGAGUGACUAAAGUCAAAUUUUCUCAAAAUUUUCAAAUUCACUUUGUAAAAUGCUGAAAAACCAAUAGCACCGUGUACAAGUACUGACAAAGACGUUUCGUUUGAAUGAUAGCAGACCAUGGGAUUUCAUCCAUGCACAGACUCAAAAGUUAGAAAAACAUACUAAAUAAAUAGUACCAUGUGAAAGUACUACUGAAGAGGUUUCAUUUGAAUGGUAACACCAUAAGAUUUCAUCCAUAGACUCAAAAGUUAGAAAAACAUACUAUAUAAAUAGUACCAGGUGAAAGUACUGCUGAAGAGGUUUCAUUUGAAUGGUAACACAAUAGAAUUUCAUCCACAGACUCAAAACUGAGAAAAACAUAUUAUAUAAAUAGUACCAUGUGAAAGCACUGCUGAAGAGGUUUCAUUUGAAUGGUAACACCAUAGGACUUCAUCCACAGACUCAAAAGUUAGAAAAACAUACUAUAUAAAUAGUACCAGGUGAAAGUACUGCUGAAGAGGUUCAUUUGAAUGGUAACACAAUAGAAUUUCAUCCACAGACUCAAAACUUAGAAAAACAUACUAUAUAAAUAGUACCAUGUGAAAGCACUGCUGAAGAGGUUUCAUUUGAAUGGUAACACCAUAAGAUUUAAUCCACAGACUCAGUUAGAAAAACAUACUAUAUAAAUAGUCCCAUGUGAGAGUACUGCAGAAAAGGUUUCAUUUGAAUGGUAACAUCAUAGGAUUUCGUCCACAGACUCAUAAGUUAGAGAAACAUACUAUAUAAAUAGUACCACGUGAAAGUGGUGCUGGAGAGGUUUCAUUUGAAUGGUAACACCAUAAGAUUUCAUCCACAUGCUUAAAAGUUGGAAAAACAUAGUAUAUAAAUAGUACCAUAUGAAAGUAACGCCAAAGAGGUAUUAUUUGAAUGGUGACACCAUCAGGAUUUUGUCCACAGAUUCUAAAGUUAGCAUCACCUUAAAAGACUUCAUCAUUCUUUCUGGCUGUGAAAGGGUUAAAUGAUUAAAAAGAAUAUCGUCUUUAGUAAGAUUUGAUUGAGGUAGAUGGAGAGUAUACUACCUCUCAAGACGAAGUAAUAGGAUGGUAAUAAAAAGUUGCGGAGGUAAAGACUAAGGCUACGGUUCACACGGCAGCGGACGAAUUUUCCACCGGUUUAAAAUAGGUGCGUUUAGGUUUUUCGUUUACAGGGAAGCACCUUAACCGUACGAAAAUUUAGAACCCUAGCGGUUCAAAAAUUGGAGCGACUCAAUCGAGAAAAAAUUUUCAGCGGGAAAGGUCUAAACAAUUACAUUUAAAAAAAUGCACCAAGAAUCGCUCAUGCAAAGAGGCGAUUUUCCCAUUCCUUUGGUUUUACUGACAACUGCUUUGACAAUGGAACCUAAUCAUGUGGGUUAUACUUUGCCUUGUCCAUGUACGGCGUCUUUCCAGACCUUCCUGGUCAGUGCAUUUCGGUGACGUAUCCAAGACGAAACUCGCUCAGACCACGUGACCAGAAACGCAUAGGCCUCGCGGAAUAUAAUAUCUGAGGUUCCUCAAAAGGCACGUUGUGUAGUAACACAGCUGAUAGCUCACAAACUGGUCACCACUUUGCUUCGUUUAAUAACUGAUAGUUUCAUUGUAUCAUUUUCAAAAUUUUUGAAACUUUGAUCUUGAAUGCAAACUCGGCAGACAUAAAACAGCUUUCCCGAAAAACGGGCCAGUCAUGGUUUUAUUUAGUUUGUGUUUUUUCACUUGUAGAUGGUGGUAUGGUUUGGCUUUGGGGAGCCAACCACUCUGGUCAGUCGGGAUUAGAGAAUGUUGACAUUUCAUCAAAGCCAAAUCUUUUGUCUUCAUCAGUAGAGCUAAGGUAAUCAACUCUGCGGAUACGAUUUUUAGAUUAUCUGGUGUUAAAAUACACACGACUACCGCAGAAAAUCUGCGCCUUUUUUAGGCGAUGCCGUCGGUUGGAAAAGACCCUGUGUGAUCUAGGUGAUUUCCUGCUUUAUAAAGCUUUGUGCUUGGAACCGGAUAAACUUGAAAAAUAGUCUGCUUGUUAACGAUUCUCAAUUACCUUGAUGAUAUUGCUUGAGUAUAGUUUUUCACUAUCGGAUUUGAAAAUCGACUAUCAACUGUCUCUCUUGAUUCCUAUUUAGCCGUUCGGCUUUCACGUCUUCUUCUUUUCACUGUUUCAAAGGUUCUUGUGACAUUGCGCAUUACAGUUAUUAGUUCUAGACUUUUUAGGGCGUUAUCUUACUAAAAAUUCAAUGGUCUUAAAUAGUUAAACAAUUCUUUCCUAUGCACUUCUCGUUAGAAACCACGCAAUCAUUGAUGUUAGCUGUGGAACAAAACACACUGUACUUUUGUCAAGUAAGUAUACGCGCGUAGUUUACGUCUUUUGUUUUGAGCGAAAAGAGGGGAAGGCAAUUUCAUAUUUUCAGUGCUGAGAACUGGAAGUGUUCUUUUAUUAACGAUGUAGCUCAUACAUACAAUAUUAAAAGCUUCUAAGGGGUGUUUCUCUGUGGUUCUGUUGAUGGUGUUGUACAAGGUGACCUCAACUCUUGAAUUUGUGGAUGAAAUCCUUAAGUGUGACCAUUCAAAUGGAAGCUACUGAGCAGUACUUUCCUGUGGUACUGUUUAUUAUGCUGUACAAGAUGGUUCUAUCUUUUGAAAUGAAAAUCAAAUGAAAGCUACUGAGCAGUACUUUCUUUUAGUGCUAGCUCAGUAUUAUGUUGUGAUGAGCUAUUGAGUAACAAUUUCUUUUUGUGGUUUUCAGAAAAAACUGGGGAUAUUGUCAAAGAAUAAUGUUAAUUGUCGUUGUAUUUGUUCCAGAAAAAGGAAAACUGUUUGGAAUAGGUGAUAACACAGAGAAUCAGCUAGGCAUAAACCAGCGAGGCAGAACAGAGGAACCUAUUUUGAAGGUUUCUGUACCAAGCAGAAUACACCUCUCUGCACACUCCCGAGCAUCGAAACCUAUUCAAGUCUCCUGCGGUGCUUUUCACACUGCUGUCGUGACAGGUUAGUCGAAAGAAACCAGUCAAGGGGCUCGGUCACGCAGUCUGUUUUAACCAUUAAUCAAAACUGUCCAGCCAGAUCAGUCAAAUCCUAAUGGCGUACACGAAGGAGAUGGUUUUUGGCAAAAAACUAAGCUCUUGGAAAAAGCCUAUUUCAUUUUCAAAACUACUGGUCCGGCCGGCCAGUUCUGACUUUUGUGGAGUGCCCUGAGGUAGGGACCAACUCUAGGUGUCCGUUUUACAGAGGUGUCCGUUAAGACAGAGUCAACUAAUUUUGUAUGUACCCCUUUUCAGGAAAGUUUCUCAGCAAUUUUGUGCUACUUUGUCAAAAUCUUUCUUCGGGCACUCCGAGUCAAGUAAUAAACUUUCGUCUUCUUUAUUGCUUCUACAGAAUCUGGAGAACUUUUCACUUGGGGCAAAGGAAAAGCUGGUCGCUUAGGGCAUGGCGAUAUAAGGGACAGGUUAGGUGCUAGAUGUAUUUAAGUACCGCUUUUAUAUAACGGCAAAGGGAAGAAAUGACCACAGGACUGUUAAUAUAUUCAACAACGAAGCAAAAUUGCAUUUCUCCAAACGUUUUCAUGAACGUGAAAUUUACUCUUAUUGCCUUUGAAGAAGGCAACGGCAAACGUGAUAAAUGGCGUGAAAAUGGUCACGUGGUCGUGGCGGUGUUAAAUCGCGAAUGACCGUCGCUUAGGCUGCGUGCAAACGGGCGCAACAAUGUUGGGAGUUGGUGCGUGCGUGUUGGCAGUGGUGUGCAAACGGAUGCAACAACUCCCAACAAGUUUGGGACCUGCAGUGCGUCGUGGCAAGAAUACAACCCAUAAGUCUUUGUAAUCCAUGCGUAAUGAGCGUGCGUGGCCCCUGCAGUGUUGAAAGAACCGUGCAAACGGAUCCAACAUUGUUGCCCUACGCUUCAGCGAUCACAGAACAAAAGAAAUGUUGGGAGUUGUUGGCUGAAAAGUUUGACUGGUUUCAAACUUUGCGCAACAACACGCAACAACAUCCAACAACAUGCAACAGGGUGUGCAAACGGACGCAACAUGUAACAUCCAACAAUGUUGCCUCCGUUUGCAAUGGAACGGCAAAUAAGGAAUUCACCAUUUUCACAGACACCAUAAUGCUCCUUGUUUACCCCCAAACCUUUGCAUAACCAUUAUCUUCGAUUUCUCUUGGGACGUCUGUGUUACUCAGGAGAAAUUGACAACAAUGGUUUUGGCGGGCAAACAAGUUGCAUUAUGGUCUAUGUGAAAAUGGUGAUUAGGUUUAGAUUAGCAAAACAAUAACUUUGCACACGAUCACGCUUUUUUGUACAUUUGUUGGCCAUCAUUGCACGACUACGACGUGAAAAUGUCUAAUUUCACGUUUUGUGGAGAGCGUGAACUCAAGAAAACGACUUUCUUUUUCUUUUCCUGAACUUCGAUACAGUCUUUUAGAAUUCAGCUCCAGAAAAAUUUGCCAACAUUUGAGUAAUUAAACGAGAUGGAAUAAGCGCAAUAAAGUUUGAAGCAGCGCAAAAUUCACUUCUUAAGUGACGUUUUCGUAGCCGUCGCCGUCGUUGGUGAUUAAGCUGCCUAAUGUGUCCUGUAGUACAUGUACUUCAGAAACCUUUACGCCGAAAUGGUUAGAAGAACAUUAUUGCUUACCUGCUCUCUAUGCCUUUUUAUUUCUUUCGACUUUCAACCUAUGUUUCCAGCACUUACCGUCCGCUCUUUCCUUGGCUUGUGGUUUGCUGAAGUUGCUGCUUCACCUCUAAUGCGUUCAAAAACACUUGUUUUUCAGGCCACUACCUUGUGAAGUGGACAUGGAUGGUAAACGAGUCCGCGCUGUGGCAUGCGGCAGUACGCACACGGCAUGCUUAGUGACAAGGGCCUGGGUAUCUGAUGAUUUGAUAAAGAACUGCAUGGCCUGCAAGACCAAGUUUUCACUGGUCAAUAGAAAGGUUCGCUUUUUUUAUAUAUGUAUAUAUUUAUUAUACAGACAAGAGUGUUUUACUGGAAAAUAUACCACUCGCAAAGUUCAUAAAAACUACAUCCGGGACCUGAGUGGUUUAUUUUCCAUAAUCUCACACGUGAGUUUAUCGAUGACGUAAUUUCGGUCGUUUCCCUCUAUUAUUUUAUCGACGUCUUUUUGUCUGUAUAAUAAAAAGAACAUUACACGGCGGCUUGAAGAUAUGAAUUUUAUUUUCGAGUGGCAAAAACAAUAUUUUACUCACUCGCUGCGCUCGUUCGUAAAAUAUUGCUUUGGCACUCGAAAAUAAAAUUCAUAUCUUCGCGCCACCGUGUAAUUUCCUCUCUCUAUAUAUUUUUUAUUUUUAAGUACUUUGAGUUUUCAGUCAACUCUUACGGCCUGUUUACAUGGAUGUGGGAGGCCCCAGGUAGGAGAGGUAGCCCUCUUAGGUAAGGUAACCCGCCUGUCCAUAUAAUUUCUCAUUAGAAUUUGAUCACGUUCACAUGAUAGGUGGGGUGACCCGCCACAUGUCACCUCAGCUAUCUGGGGGGCUCCCCACCUCCAUGAAACAUGCCCUUAGAAUUACAGUCAUCUCUCUCUAAGGGGAACUUUUGAGACCGGAACUAAAUGUUCUUUUAAGAGUGAUGUCCGUCUUAUAGAGUCAAAUAAAGAGAGUAACUUAGGCAGGGACCAACUUUUAAGUGUCCGUCUUAUAGAGAUGUCCGUCCAGGGAGGGUCGACUGCACUCACCUGCAUUACAGCUUUUUUCUUUAUAAAUCAUAGUUUUAUGCUUUCUCUUCCAAUCUGUAGCAUCACUGUCGUAAGUGCGGCGGAGUCUUCUGUGCUUCGUGCACCUCCAGACGGACCCCAGUCCCCACUCUGCCAGGAUAUCCUGCAACCAGUCUGAGGCGAGUUUGCGACAAGUGUUUCUCUCUCCUAUUAGACGACACGUGACCAAAAUGGUGCGGCUGGCGUGACUUUUCACAUCGCAAGAUAACGCAACAGCUGUCGUGUCAAUGCUGUAACAGUUUUGCUCAUGUUAAAGUUCUCAUUAGGGGUCGUUGGGGAGCUUAGGUAACGACAGCGACGACGACAGUGACAAAUAUCGCUAACGAAAUGAAUUUGCGUCCUUUCAAACUUUGUCUACUUAGACUCGCUCAAUUUGUGAAAUGUGGGCGAUUUUUUCUGGGGUUGACUUCUUAAGGACUUUAUCCAGGUUCAAAACUGAAGAGAAUGGAAAAUUCGUCGUCGUAUGUCCACAUCCUCCAUAAAACGUCGCAUUAGUAGGUUUCACGUCGUAGUCGUGCAGUGGAUGUCAACGAAAUGUUCUAAAAAGCGUGAUCACGUGCAGAGCUGGGAAAAUUUGCCUACAUUAAACAUUUUCAGCGAUUUAGAAUAAACGCGAUAAAAUUUGAAAAACGUUAAUUAAGUUUAAAAGUGACGUUUUCGCUGCCGUAGCUGUCGUCGAUGCUAGAACUCCCUAAUAGUCCUCUUUAGCUUGUAUGUUUUGUUUCUCAAUACAGGUCAUGUGAUAAUACUCUGGAGAACUGUGUCUUUCAAAUUUCGUUUUAUUCACGUGCUUAUGUACUCUUAAUUUAUGGAAAGACAAAGAGUCAAGUUCCCCUGGGACUUCUAUUAGGAAAACAAAACUUACAAGCUAAAGAGCUAUAUUCUCGUAGCCUUACCUCAUAAUGACAUAUAAAUAAUGGGAGAAAAUUGAUGUUGGUCACUCUUGGAACUUUCAGUCGCUUUAGUGAACAAACUCUGUCGUUUUAGCGAAUGCCCUUCUUCAGCCUUCAUCAUUCUUUAUUCCACAAACUAUCGGGGGAAAUGGGUAGAAACAUACGACGCAAAGAUUUUUGCGAUCAUUUGGUUGGACAAGUGUUAGCUAUGAUUGGUAAAUGGCUGCCAUGAAUACAGUCGACCAAUCAUAACUAAGGCUGCUCCACACAAACGAUCCAAGAAGUCACUGAACCCAAAGCUUGUACCCAUUCCUCUUAGAGUUUCUGAAGACGACCAUUUCGAUUUGCCUCUCACGAAGGUCCACAAUUUUCGUCUUUUUCCUCGCGCGUUUGUCUCGCUCACUCGCGAGUAACAGGAACGCCUGUGGGACAGUUCUGGACCCAGUUGUUCGAAGACCAAUUAGCGCUAACCCGGGCCAGGGGUUAAAUUUGAAUCCCGGGUUCUUUUUCUUUUGUUCAAAAGCAUAUUCCAGGAUAGUUGUCUCUGUUCGUUUUAACGCAACCAACCAUUAAAUUGUAGACAAAAAGAAUAUAACUAAAUUGGCUUCAUUUCAUAUCUGAAUUCAAAUUUGGCACUUACCGUGGGUUAUCUUAACCCAGCUUUGAACAACCCAGCCUUGAUGGACUGUUCACAGUUUUGAAUUCGUCUGUCUUCGGAUCUCUUUGCGGUAGCCACCUUGUCAAUUCACUUCAUAAACCACAUUUUAGUACUAAAAUAGAGUAACCUGUAAUUGUCAAUGAAUACAAAGAAGAUACAAUUAUUAUCUAGUAUGGCAAAUUAGAGAGUACCGUAAAGAUUCCGAAAAUAAGCACCUCCAUGUAUAAGCCCCCUAAAAUCGUAACGCAAAAAACCCUCUAUUAAAUCGCCCCUCCAAAUAUUAGCCCCCCCCUCCCCCCCCUGGGGGGCUUGUACUUGGAAAUUGCCCUCAAAUACAAUGAGGCUAGCCCAAUCGAUUUUGAAACGCACAUUUCCCUCCAUGGUAAUCCCCUCAAAAAAGGCCUUUGAGAAAUAUAAGCCCCGGGGCUUAUUUUCGGAAUUUUACGGUAGCUCCCCAGUAGGUUCCCUGUGUUGAGCAGCCCUCCUCGUUAUCUCUUGGACUAGAGGGG